GGCAGAGUAUAAAAGGGUGGAGUGGUGGCGGAAGAGACUUGUUUUUGUUCAAGGAGCUGCAGCAACGCAGAGCAGAUCUGAGCAGAGGGAGGUGAACUUUUCAAUCAGAGGAUUGGGGCAGUGAGGAGGCACACCAGAGAUGUGGGCGUGCCUCACCCUGAUUCUCACUCUCUGCCUGCUCCAUGGAGGCGGGGCAGAGAGUGAGGGGGGUGGGCCCCGCUGUCAGCUGCCGCCAGCCUGGAACAUAGGGGAGGUGGAGCCCAUGAAGGGGGCCGCGGGACAGGUGACGGUGGUGGCCCUUUUACAGGCCAGCUGACUGUUCUGCUUGGUGCAGGCAUCCAGAAUGGACGGCCUGCGCCGUAAGUUGGAGAGUCGGGGUCUGAAGGAUGUGACCUACAUGGUCAUUAACCACCAGGGGGCGCAAGCACAGCAACUGCACAGCAUGUUGGAGCAGAGGCUGUCUGCGAGCAUCACACUCUACAGACAGCUCGAGCAUCAGCCCGAUGUCUGGCAGACACUGAAUGGAGAGAAAGAUGACUUUCUCAUUUAUGACAGGUGUGGCCGUCUCACCCACCACCUUUCACUUCCAUAUACCAUCAUUGGUCAAGGCCAUAUCGAGGGUGCGAUCAAAGAUACCUACUGCAGCCGCAUAUGUGGGGAAUGUGCUCAUGAGAGCACUGAGAUCCCAGAGGAGUGCAAAGCAAACACACAACCUGAUGCAGACGCAGCUCCAGCUGUGGAAGAAGACACUGGGCAUGGUCACAAUCAUGGGCAUCACCACGAUCAUGGCCAUGGCCACCAUGGCGACCACCACGGUGGUGUUGGCCAUGGUCAUGACCACAACCAUGGUCAUGACCAUGGACAAAGUCAAAGUCAACAAGGUGUUGGACAACAAGGGUAUGAGCAUGAUAGUGGGGGAUCUCAAAGGCAACAACAUUUAGAUCUUAGCCAGAUGCAGCACGCAGUGCAAAUACACCAUAUGCCCCAGGAGGCAGAGGGAGUCCUUAAAAUGCCGAAACCUUGAGUGAAUGAAAAGGCUCUCUGAAAGUCAAAGCACAGCUGACAGUGGACAGCAGGCUCUGACAAUGCCUCUCCUAAGACCAGCUGAUGCUGACACUGACGGAGGCUGUUUGGUGAUGCAGGGAUUGAGCAGCCAAUUGGUCUCUGACACUGUAAUGAGGCACUGCCCGCCUCCUGACAGUGACACGGACUGAUAGGCGAUGCAGCCAAUAAUGUCAGGGAGACCUGACAGUGACGCCUGCCUACUGCUCACUGACAGCAGCCACAGCCAGACAAGUGAGCCUGACCUCCAGGUGUUGUUAGCUGAGGAUGAGAGCAGCUGUAAGCUGGCUUUGAUAUCAACCUCAUAUUAAUACCAGCUAUCAACACUGGGGCAAAGUGCUCUUUUUACCAACAAGUAUUACUCUGGGAGAGGGCAUGGCAGUCACUGACCGCAUGGGUGUGGUGUAGAUGAACAUAAGUGGAGUGCAACAUUACACUGAUAUAGAAAAACUAGAUAAAUACACCAACCAAAUUGGGCAUUGGCAGCUUGUAAACUCGUUACAUUCUGCAACAGAUUCACAAAUAAUUUCAUUGUGUCUAAAAGAAUAAAUGAUUGUGAGAUGCUGUGUUUCUUCUGUCUCACCAUGUCUGUCAGUGGUUGCUUUCAUCCUUUCUCAGGAGUGCAUAUGGUGAUUAUGUUCAUAAAUAGCUGUCUCCGUUUUGCUCUCUCCAUCCUUUAUGAAUCCAGGCGCAGAAACUACGCUCUAGUGGCGUCGGGAGGAAGUCAGGCAGAAGAGAGGGGAGAGGGUUGUUCAGGAACAUGAUAAACAUUUAAAAAAUUCAAAGUUUAAUAUCCCAGGAUAUUUGAGUGAAUAGAAAAAAAAAACUGCAAGUAAUGCAAAAAAGUAAUUAUAAGGGAAGAGUAGGAUGCAUAGGAAUAUACCUAAAGACACAGUUACAUCAGAAUGUGUGAAUUAGUAAAUUAACAGCAAAUAUAUGCAGAAGGAUUUUAGUUGGGGGGGAACGUAAAAGCCCUGGCCCUUAAUGGGACAAAGUCCGAGCAAACCUAAAAAAAAGUUUAUACCAAUGUUAUGUUUGUCUGUAAGACACCCUAUUGAUAAUUGUUCUUGAGCACAUACAGGCUUCAACUACAAUAAAUGACUUUCAUUUUAUGUUGUACCUGUUCAUAAAGUCCACAACAUAUCUCAGGUGUAUCUUCUAUCAUUUCCUGCAUGCACAUUUCAUUUUUUUUUGCAAAUUGCACAUUUAUACAAAUUUAGCUUUUAAAAAAAUACAAAGCUCGAUUGUUUAGAAAAGGCAGAAGGAAAAAAGAGAGUGAAGCAAUGUUUGACUAUUGGAAUACACUCUGUACUUAAUGACGGUUUCUGUGGGAAGGUAAUAAUCACCCGGAACACCUGAUGCUUGCACAGAGAACUGUAUUGUGUUGAGGUUGUAAAACAUGGAACAUGUCUGUGGAAUAAAGUUGGUAGAGCUA